AUGAAAGGUUGGCGCCAAAAAGUUUCGAAUAAUUUAAAGAGAAAGACAAAUUCUCUAACAACAAGCUAUUCAUCACAAUCUGAUUCAGUAGAAACUCUUCAGAGCAAGAUUACAAAGAAGACUCGAGUUUCGUCCACUUUCGAUUCAAUUCGUAUACAUGCUCUCGCCCAUAAAGUGAAUGAAAAACAAGAAGAAAUUACUUGGGAAUGUGAAGAAGACGUUUCCACCACCGCCCUCAACACAAUCCAACCAACACCUUUUCAAUCUCGAGAAGUAAAGCAAGAGCUUGUCAAUGGUCAUUCGUAUAUAUCUCCUUCCUUAAACGAAACCGAAACUGCCGAACCAAUUUCGACACUUGCCCAAGAUGAAAUUACCUGCAGUUGGAGCGCUACCUCAUUUUCCAUUCAUCCAGAAAAAGAAAGUCAACAAUACGAAACUAUGGAAGAUAGUGUUGAAGAAAUUAUUUUGAGUCAAGACCAUGAUUCGAAUAGUAAUCAAGAAGAAUGUGCUAAUCAAGAUGUUGAUUCCAUGCAAGAAGAUGACGAAGAAGAAGCUGACGAAGAAGAAGCUGUUGAAGUUUCAGAUAGUUUUCAAUUACUUUCAGAUAACAUUUCACGUGAAACUAUCAACUGUGCAAAAGCUAAUUAUCUUUCCACUCAUCCACAUGUCAAACCACAAUAUAGAAGAACAGUUAUCGAUUGGUUUAAUAUUCUCCAAACAGAACUUGACAUUCCAAAGGAAAUUCUCUAUCAUGCAACAAUGAUUUUUGAUCGUUCACUUGACAGAUUUAAUAUUGAACAGUAUUAUUUGAUAGAUGUUGAUAAUUUGCAGGCAUUGGGAUGUGCAUGCUUUUUUAUAUCAACCAAGUAUUAUGGUAGAUCGGUCAACUUGAGUGAUAUUUUACCACCAGUUUCGUCUGAUUCGUCUAUUGAAGAUUUGAAGAAACAAGUGCUGAGAAUGGAAAGUUGGGUGUUGAAUACCUUGGAUUUUGAGUUGAGAUCCAUUCUAUUGAUUGAUUACGUUGCCUUGUUCAUUCAUGCCAUGAAGAAUGAUCAAAAUUUCACACAAGCUUUUCCAUCUUUGGUUGAAGCUGAUAAUUUUGUAAACUUUAUGGAAAAGGUUUCUAAUUAUCUAUGUGAAAUUCAAUUACACAAUUAUGACAUGUUGUGGUUUAGACCUUCACUUGUUGCUCUAUCCUGUUUCGUAUUGGCUUUCCAAAUGCUUGCUCCACAUUCGAAUUUCAAAUCAGUUUCGAUUAUCAGAAAAUUCCUCAAGAUUUACUUUGAAGAAAUGUCCAGAAUUGAGAGAAACAAUGUUGAAGAUCAUGAAACACAAGGACAAUCUUCAUUGGUCAUUGAAAUUGAAGAAUUCAACAAUUGCAUGAAGAGAUGUUUAGUUUCCAUGCAAAGUUUCGAACAAUUAAGCUUGAAAAAUCAUAAUAGAAAUAGAGAACAUUUUAGAACCAUUACCAAGUACUAUCCAGCAAUUGCACCAUUCAUUUCUCAACCAGAGCAAUUAAUUGAACUUUCCAUUCAAGAUUUGCUACAAUGGACCAAUUAGAAACUGGACGAAUCAUUUCCCAAACUAAAAGUGGCUUUCUUUUCCUUGGAGGCAUAGAAACUACCACUUAUUUUCACUCCUAUCUAUAUUUUACCAAUGUAACACUAACAAAAUCUCACACAAGAGCCGAGAACCUCUCAAGAGAGCUAUUUCGAAUGAGAAACCUUUCGAAUUAUUACUUUCUCAUUCUAUGGAAGGAUGAGAUUUCAAUCCAAGUCAAUUUAUCAAAAUCCAUUUCGAUAUGUUUUUCACAAAUUAGCUCUUGUUCUCAUUUUAGCAACAAUAAAAUUUUGACGAGUUUAAAA